GGACGGACGGACGAGACCACUGGUGAGGGUACAAAACUAAGAACAUGAACAACGACACAUAUUACCAAUGGUCAAAGCUGAUUUUGGUAGAACUGGAAUACAUUUACAUACUGCAUAUUUCAGAGGAAUUAGAAAAGUCAAAGUAAUGGAUAACAGAAAAGAGCCACCAUUCUUCAAUGAAGAUAAUGUGGGACCACUUUACUUCAAACUUCCUUUCUGUGACACCAUGGAGCUCUCCAUUGAAACGUUGACUGGAACAUGUUUUGAGCUGAGAGUUUCACCCUUUGAAGCUGUUAUUUCCGUGAAAGGAAAAAUUCAAAGAUUGGAAGGCAUUCCCAUCUGUCAGCAGCACCUAAUUUGGAAUAACGUGGAACUUGAAGAUGAUUACUGUUUGAAAGACUACAACAUCUCAGAAGGUUGUACCUUGAAGCUGGUAUUGGCUAUGCGUGGUGGACCUAUAAAUACUAGAAAAGUUCCUGUGGAGGAUCCAUUCGGGGAGCUUGCUGAGUAUGUAGAUCCCACUCAAGAAGAGGUCUGGGAGAAAGCCUCCUGCAACAAACAAGUUACGUUUCUAGUGUACCGGGAAGGCGAUCAAUUGAAUUUCUUUCGUGUAGUAGAUAGAGGAGACGGCACUUUAACACCUUUAUCUGAAUCAUUAAGUGGUGGGUCUGUAUAUAAUUUGUAUACGGAUGAGGAUGAAGAUGCUGAACCAUCUCCUUCUGGACAGCAAAUCAUUGAGAACUCAGUAACCAUGAAUAAGAUGAAGCUGCUGAGGGCCAAGAUGGAAAACAUGAACCUGAGCAAAAAGCCUAAGAAAGUUGUCAAGGUAAAACCUCGGCCGCCUAUUGCUCCUCGACCUUCUAGUGGCUCCGCAGCAGCUCGCCACAGGUUGUUACGAGUCCUCCCUCACAUUGGGCAGUCUUGCUUGCCUUCUCCGGGCAGUGCACAUCACCCGGAAACAUCCAGGAACGUGGUUGCAGGUUCAGCCACUCACUCGGCUGCAGACAGACCCACAGCCUCUCUCAGGAGUGACCCGCUGAAGCAGGAGGAUAACUGGGAGACCUACAAGUCUCUCCCGCACCCCGGGGGGAGCAGCAGCAGACAGCCUCCCAAGGCCCAUACCGAACUGCAGCCCAAGGAGCUUGCUGAUUCGGCGCACCUGCCCAGGUGGACCAAGCAUUUUCCAGGGAACUCGCCACCGCGGGAGGACCAGGACGACGCUGUCUUACUUCCAACUUCGGAAGAGGGUGUCCCCAAAGACUCGCCCCUCCCAGAAGUGGGUCCUUUGGCCGCCUGUGCAGAGGGACAUGCGAGUGAGCCAAGCGGAGGCUUCGAGCCCCACGCUCACGGCCGAGGGCUGAGGGCCGCGGCCCGGGCGCUGGGGGAGGUCGUGGACGCGGGGCUCAAGCGCCGGCUGCUGUCCCCGCUGCGCCCCGCCGGCCUGCCCGCUCUGCCCGCCCCCGCCUCGGCCUCCGCCCCGCUCGGCUCGCUGCGCCCCACCGCGGAGCCGCCCUUUUCCAGGACUGCUCGCUUUCGCGGGGUCAAGGUUGACUCGCCCGGGAAAAGACCUGACGUUAUUUCCAAGGUGGAAGCUCGAGAUAUCACAGAAAUGGCGAACAAGGCCUGCAAGGAGCCCGUGGGCUGCGUGAACAACAGCGGGCUCCUGGCCUCGCUGACGCGGAGCUCCAGCCGGGACGGUGCGGGCGCGCACAGCACGCGCGGGCCCCGCCUGCGGCCCUCGGGGAUCCCGCUCCCGCUCCAGAGCUCCCCCGCUGCGGAGCACGCCGAUGGUUUUCUAUCUUCUCGUGGUAUUGGAAUGAAUGGAAAUAAUGCAGCUGCAGGGAAAAGAGUAGGAGAAAGUACCCAUCGCCUCCCACCUGUGAAAACCCCCCUUCAAACAAAGAAGAAAAUAACAAAACAUUGUUUUCUUUGUGGAAAAAAAACAGGACUGGCUACCAGCUUCGAAUGCAGAUGUGGAAACAACUUCUGUGCAUCUCAUCGCUAUGCAGAAACCCACGGCUGCACCUAUGAUUACAAGAGCGCAGGGAGGAGAUACUUGCAGGAGGCCAAUCCUGUAGUUAAUGCACCAAAACUUCCAAAAAUCUAACAACUCUUCCUCUGCACUUUACUGUUCUGCCCGAGGAAUCGUAUUAUAUUGACAGAAGAAAUAUUGUUUAGACUGCAUUAUUUUUGUUCGACUCCAAAAAAAUUUGCCAAAUAACAAGAGCAUACAAUGCUUACUGUUGGAGAACGCAACUGUAUUUGAUGUCUUUAUUCUUUGAUGAGUCAAACGUUUUUAAAGUAGUUUUAAAAACCUUAUGCUAUAAUGUUUGGGCUUUGUUAUUGCAUGUCUGUGUUUUGUUUGGUGUUUAAGAUUGCAAUAUUAUUAGAUACAACUUCAAGAUAGGCACUUUUGGGGAGUAGGUAUUGACCACAUAAUGAUGUUUCCAUGUACAGAGAACUGAGUGGUUAUGUAAUGUCCACUCAGAGUGACAAGAGUUUGUCUUUUCAUUAGUUUGUUUGUUUUCUUUUUGUGAGAGUGGGAAGAUGGGGAUUUUUUUUAUAAAUCCCAUGUGUGAAAGGUUAUGAGGUUUAUUAACAAGUUCUUUGUAUUUCAUACUACUUUUUAUAAAAAAGAACAUUUAGUUUUCCAAUGUGAUUUGUAACACUUCUUCCAUAUUCAGAUUGGCAUUCAGAUAUGUAUCAAUUCUGUAAAACACAUCAUGUUAAUAUAGUAACCAUCUCUUAAAAUACUGCUUUUUAAAAUGGUAGUUUUAAAAUAGAUGCUAUCUUGUUGCCAUUAAAAACAGAAACCAACUUUUCACUUUUUAAAAAAUAGCUAAUUUUUAAAAGAAGGGUUUCACAAGCUGGUUUGUUUUUCUUACAUGUUGAGUGCUUUUACUAGGAGAAAUUCAAAUAAAUAUUCUACUUCAUUA